AGAAGAACAAAUUAUUUGAAUCCCAGAAACAUAAAAUCCUGGAAAAUCCUCAUCCAGUCACAGAGAAGCCCUGUUCUAAAUGACUGGAUCCUUCUGCCACUCUGCUCCAUAGCUGGGCGGCAGCGUUAAUCUCAUUUUCUCUAAUUAGGGGAGCUUCUCUCAGCAGGAGGAGGAAGACUGCUGAUACUCUUCAUCAGUGUCCCGGGCGCAGCUGACCGGUGUGCUUCUGUCUGGACAAGCAGGACGAAGACACGGCAGGGUUUGUUCAGCUUCCUGUUUCCAUGUCACUUGGAUCAAACUGGAUCAGGACCAUCCAGGUUUGCUGUUACAUCUGGACCAUAAAGGUGAUGAAGAUCCUCCUCCAUGGAGGUCCAUCCAGCAGAGUGCCACAGUGAUCCAACAGGACAUCCAGUCCAGGACCAGAACCAGGAGCAAGCUUCCUGUCUGGAUCAGAACUGGGCCCAGCUGGACCAGGUGUCAGCGCCAGCUCAUCACAAUGAAGCUGAGGAGUCCGCCGGCAGCGUCUCCAAGGCGACAGAGUCUGGUGGAGCUCCAGCUGCUCAGAGAGCAGACAGACCUGCAGACCUGCUGGUACCUGCAGCCGCCAGUGGCCAUGGAGGAGACGCGACCACCUGUUGUGACCUCUUGUCCCUGCGGAGCGGCUCAUUCUCACUGACCAGUGAACCGGGUGCCUUCUGCAGGAGUGAGGAAGACGAUGCCAGGAGCAUCACAGCUUCAUCCAUCAUUUCUGUGUUCCAGAGGGUGCCGAUGGAUCCUCUGGAGAAGGACUGGUUGAGGAGCUGUACUCUGGGGAACGUGUCGGUCCAGCGUCUGCUACUCGCUCAGGACCCAAACUUGGUGAUGAAGAAGACAGCGCUUCACUGGGCAGCAAAGCAGGGGCGUCUCGACUCUGUGGACAUGAUGCUUCACUAUGGAGCUGACGUCAACGUCAGAUCGGGGGUGAGUCCAGACGGGAUGGAGCUGUUUCCUCUCAGAUCCGAUCCAGCAGCUGGGGUUCUGAUUGUCAUCUCUGCAUGGGCUACACAGCUCUUCAUCUGGCCUCCAUCCAUGGACAUCAGGACAUCGUCCAGACGCUCAUCAGCUCUCACAAUGCUAAAACCAACAUCAGAGAUUAUCACGGGAAGAUGGCCAUCCAGUACUGGACCUGUACCCGUCCUGGUACCACCAGCAUCUUCAACCAAGAACCUGCUCUCUCUGAUGGGGGGAGGUUUAGCCAGGAGCGCCGGACGCAGCGCUUCGCUCUGCCGUCCCUGAGGUUGUCUCGCUCCCGCAGUCAUGGACAGCUCCACCUGGACUUUGGAGCGCUGCCAUCAGCCUCCUGUGAUGCGCUGGACCUCCAUGUAUGAUGUCACCAUGCUGCUGAAACACCUGCAGAUGUGUUGUCCUCUCACCUGGCAGAAAACACACCUGUAUAUUUUCCUCGUGGUAACAGAAGAGAUGAGACAGGCCGACUUUCACAAUAAGAUCAAAAACAGUCUAAAACUUUUCAUGUUUGAACAGAAGAGCCCGCUGAGGUUUAAGUCCUCUGUUGCCGUGGUAACCAAGGCUGGGCUCUAAAUCGCCAUGUUAAUGAGUCGUGCCAGGUUGGGAUUUCUUUUCCUACCAAAUAAAUCAUGAAGUGAAUCUUAA